AAAAAAAACAACACAUACAAAUAAAUGGGUGACGUGCCUAGUGCCAACACGGAGAAUUGUUAUUAUUUGUAAAUUGAAAAAAGGCUCAGAGCCCUGGCGAGUGGCAUCAAAUGCGCUAAACACCUACGAGCUAACAGGAGAGCAGCAGCAGCAGCAGUAGCAGCAGCAGCAGCGGCAGCGGCAGCAGCAGCAGCAGCAGUGAGCAGCAGUCAGAGCAAGAACCAAAAAGAUGGGCAUAAACGUCAGCAGAAAUGCCGACUUGGCGUCGAAUGAAUGGCUUCAGCGGUUUGUGGCGCGACAGCACAUAGCCCACGACGACGAGGCCUUCUGGAACGGGCUGCUCAACUACAAUAUAGUAAUGCCAGAGAACAGCCAGGAUCAGCUGAGCUUGGACUCGCGCCUGGAGACACUGUGUCAAUCGUUUAUAGGCAAUAAUCUGAAGACGGGUAAUUUCGGCUCGCUGAUCACCGUCUUUCUGGAGAAGGCCUCGGAGCUGUUGUCGCUCUCGGAUCAGGAGAGCAACAUGCAUGUGUGGCACACGUUCAAUGCGCUCUUCAUCAUACGCACACUGAUCAAGUAUAUCAACGAGACGGGCUCCGAGUUUCAGCUGCUGCAGCACUUCGAGGCCAUGCCCAGCGCCGAGCAGCUAAAAGCCGCCGAGGAGCAACAACAGCAACAGGCAGCGGCUAGCAUUGCCAUUGAGGCGACGGAACAGGCGCCGCUGGCAGCGCUCAUUGUGGACGGCGCCAAGUUCGAGACGUUCAUCGAUGCGCUGUUCAAUCUAAUUGUUGUCAUACCCGUCAAGGAGUUCACCUAUCAUCUGCAUCUCGAGUCUGUCAACACGCUGAUCACGCUGCUGGCGGUGCAUCUGUUUGCCCAGCAGCAGCAGCAGCCCACAGAUAAAUCCAUUGUCUUUCGCACCAUUUACAAGUGCCAGCACGCGAAUGUGCUGAUGUCGGCGCUGCUGCAUUUUGUGGCACGCAUGGUGGAGGUGCCGCACACCAUGUUCGGCUCCAGUUCGGCUGGUUCGUUUGUCUUUGGCAUUGCCGAGUCGCUGCUGUCCAUUUUCACGUUUCGCAAGCAACAGGAUGUGCUCAAGACGAGCAACGCCACCGGCGAGGAGCUGUCGCAGCAAUUCCGCACGCAUUAUCCCUUGGCUAACCAGAGCCUGUUGCUCAUACUGAUAUUGACUAAUCACUGUACCGCCCAGGAUAAUGCCUAUCGCACGAGCCUGUUUGGCUGCGCCGAUUCGAAGGAUUCGCCCAAGCAGGGCAGCGGCGCGGUCUCCUUUCAAAUUGACUUCUCGGCUGUGUACGAGACCCUGUGCCGCAUUGUGACCAUCGAUCAGGCGACGCUGUUGCUUUAUUUGCUGCUGCAUCGCAACGAGCGCUUCUACAGGUUUGUCAUGCAACAGCAGGAUCUGGAGCAGCUGGUCAUACCCAUACUGCAGACGCUGUACAAUGCGCCCGACAGCAAUUCACAUCACAUCUACAUGUCGCUCAUCGUGCUGCUCAUACUCAGCGAGGACGAGGGCUUCAAUAAGAACGUGCACACAAUUCUGCUGAAGAACAUCAGCUGGUAUACGGAGCGCACGAUAUCGGAGAUAUCGCUGGGCGGCAUUCUCAUCCUGAUUGUCAUACGCACCAUUCAGUACAAUAUGCUGAAGAUGCGGGACAAGUAUUUGCACACCAAUUGCCUGGCCGCGCUGGCCAACAUGUCUGGCCAUUUUCGUGCCCUGCAUCCGUAUGUGGCACAGCGUUUGGUAUCGCUAUUCGAGACGCUGGCGCGCAAGCAUACACGUUUGGAUGCCCAGCUGAAGGAGCCGGCCGAUAGUGCUGUGUUUGUGAAUGUGGCAACAACGCCCGAGGACAUGAUGCAGGAUUUGAGUGUGCUGGAGGAGGUGCUGCGCAUGGUAUUGGAAAUCUUAAACUCCUGCCUUACAAAUCAGCUCGUCUACUGUCCCAAUUUGGUUUAUACGCUGCUCUACAAGCGCAGCGUCUUCGAGGGCUUCCGCAGUCAUCAUGCGUUCCAAGAUGUCAUACAAAACAUCGAUAUGGUGGUUGGCUUCUUCUCCUCGCGCCUGCAGCGUGUGCAGGAGCAGCGCGGCGAGCUGGGCGUCAACGAAGUGCUCGAGGUGAUAUCAAAAGGCGCCAGCCAAUGGUCCAGCGAUCGCCUGAGGAAAUUCCCGGAUCUAAAGUUUAAAUAUGUUGAGGAGGAUGCGCCCGAGGAGUUCUUCAUUCCAUAUGUCUGGACGCUCGUCUGCAAAUACGGUUGCGUUCACUUCAGCUCCGAGAGCAUCAAGAGCGUCACCACGGACAUCGCGUGCUAAUAUUAGAUCCUAUCUACGUCUGCGCCUUCCUUCCUUUCAACACUCGCCGUUUCGCUUUGAUGUGCUUUGCUCGCCGCUGGAGCACAAUUGUUU